AUGGACGAGAGUUCUUCACGGCGCAGUAGUACUCAAUCAACCACAACAAAAACAUCAAGAGGAACUGAUAUACAACGCCAACACCGUAUUACUAGAGCUUUAGCUCGAAAUAAUCAAGAAGCCAAUCAAGUACUUAACGAGAACAUACCACAACAGUUAAGGUAUUAUUUUCGAAGAAGAGAAAUAAGUAUGGACAUUCAACCAGAACCAAUGGACAUUGAUGAGCCAGCUGCAUUGGAAAUUUCUGAGAAUGCAGGCAGAGAUGAUUCAAACAUGAUGAACAUGGACCAUCCUAAUGAUUCCGGGUUAAACUCUGAUGGUAACGACAUAGAAAACGAAAAUAUUAAUCACAGUGCAGAAUUGGGACACGACACUGAUAGUGACGAUGAAAGUAUUCAACACAAUGAUAGUAUUACGAACGAAGUACGAGAAGAAAUUGUAAACCAAAGAGUUUCUCUUCCUGACGACGUUAGGGAUGCACUCGCAGCUAUUACACGAACAAAAGCAAAUAGUGAUCAGUUGGGCCGGCUUGCAAAUCACUUCUUAUCCGACAGCAAUCCGCUUACAAAUUGGAACCUCGCUUUACUUGUUCACAAACUGGCGGAAAUAAUUAAGAAAGAGAGUGUCACCGGAGGACUACCACCCGAAUUCAUGUUUUCUGGUUCUAGUGAUAUGGAUCCACUGGUUAUGCAGAGUUUGAUUGAUUCUGCUAUAUUUUCCAAUGAUCCAGCCGAUUCCAACGUAAUAACAAUGGCAAGUAGAUGUCUAAGCAAUUUGGUAACGAAAUUGGGAAGAAACGCAGAGUCUAUGAUCGGACAGUCUAUAAAUGAAAAAGUUGUACCGCUUUUAUGCGAUAUUUUAACUGAGGGACCUCAAACAAAUGAUUCUGAGCAUUUAAAAGCUAUUAUUAUUGCAUUAUAUCAAUUUUCAAAACCAUAUCGAAUUAAUUGUUCACGUUAUAUAAUUAACCGACGUGUACUUCCUCAUAUAUUUGGGUCCAUUCUUCCAUUUUUUGCCGACGGCGACCGUCUUCUUCCACUGAAGCUAUUAGCUAAUUGUUGCCAAAAUGCACCACGAGAUUGUUACAAUAUAUUGAUGGACGAAAUUAUUAACGGUGAUGAUUUCCAGUGUUUAUUCGCCGAUUAUGAACCACCAUAUGUUGUUCGUCGAUGCUCUUUGGUUAUUUCAUAUAUGACAUCCCUUUACCCGGAUGAUUUGAAUUCAUUUAGAAUAUUUAGCAAUGAUAACGUAAUAAGGCUUAUGGUUGAAAAUGUCAAUGUCUUUAGUGAUGAAAACUCUAAUAAACCUGACGACGAUUUAAAUGAAGAUGAAUGCAAGUUACAUAUCUGGAAAAUGUUUACCACCUUAACCACAAAGUCUCCAGCCAACCUUGCAAGGAUUUUUCAGCACGGCAUUGUGAGAGCUCUGUACGAAACCUUAACACACACACCUGCUCCGUUCAUUGAUCAUCGAAUUACAACUAAAAGUUUGGUGGAAAAGGUUCAAAAAAGUUUAAGAAAUUCGAAAUCAAGGUUAGAAUCGUAUAAUCUUUGCAAAUGUAUCUUCAAUUUCAUAUUGAGACUAUUUCCAUCACUUCCACGAACGGGUUCACAACAAAUACAACAAAUAAACCAUAUUCAUGGUGAUUAUGACGAUGACGAUGAGGACCGAAUUUCAGAUAUUUUAGGGACAGGGAUUGAAAAAGUUGAUAUGAAUGAUAUGAGUGUUGACCAUGAAGAAAAUCCGCCCGUUUUUAUGUCGGAAGAGCAAACAAAAGUUUUCGCGUGUCUUAUAUUACCUGCGUUGAUUCAAGCUUAUUAUUCUACUAAUAUAUCCACUGAGGCUAAAACUUGGGAAAUAAGGGCGAUGAUUAUUGAUUGUGUUGUGGUUUUUAUUCUUUAUCUGGAUAACGAGUUGAUUCACGACAUUUUGGAGCAAGCAGAAAUUCAAGAUUUUUUGGAGACUGUUUUCAAAGCAACAUACUAUGUCUCCAAUGUUAACGAUAGUAAUGUAAAGCACGUAUUCCGGCAGGGAAUGGAAAUUAUAGCUCAAUGUCUUGAUAAUUGGG